GCUACCGCAGCAGUUCAAGCUAGCAGCCCACACUGCGAGAACGAGCAGGGAGAAAAAAAAUCUCUCCUAUUCCCGUGGAUUCACAAUCCGUCCGCUUCGCAAAUGCAAGCCAUCAAAUGUGUCGUCGUCGGCGAUGGUGCCGUCGGUAAGACAUGUCUGCUCAUCAGUUACACCACCAACGCCUUCCCUGGAGAGUACAUCCCCACAGUGUUUGAUAAUUACUCUGCUAAUGUGAUGGUGGAUGGGAAACCUGUUAAUCUGGGACUGUGGGAUACAGCGGGACAGGAAGAUUACGACCGACUCCGGCCGCUCUCCUACCCUCAAACGGAUGUGUUUCUGAUCUGUUUCUCGCUGGUGAGCCCUGCCUCUUUUGAAAAUGUCAGAGCGAAGUGGUACCCUGAGGUGCGUCACCACUGUCCCAACACCCCCAUCAUCCUGGUGGGCACCAAACUGGACCUGCGGGACGACAAGGACACGAUUGAGCGCCUGAGGGACAAAAAACUGGCUCCAAUCACCUACCCGCAGGGCCUGGCCAUGGCCAGAGAGAUCGGUGCGGUGAAGUAUCUGGAGUGCUCCGCUCUGACCCAGCGGGGGCUGAAGACCGUGUUCGAUGAGGCGAUCCGCGCUGUGCUCUGCCCUCCGCCCGUCAAGAAGAGAGGGAAGAAGUGCACCAUGUUCUGAGGAGGGGCACGGCGCGUUUUUGGUGUGAGCCCACUCGCAACAAGGGUGGUCUUCCCUCAGUUCCACCACACAGUAAUCAUCAGAGUUACUAUCGGCUGUUCUGGAGAGACGCGUUUAAAACUGCAGCAGGCGAAGUGCCACACUCCACACUAGCCUAGCAUAGACUAGCAUAGCCUAGCUGUGGGAUCUAAUUAUGACAGCACAAUAAUUAAUCAUGCCAAAUUACCCCCCGCUGUUUCUGAACUUUGCCUUAAUCAUUGCUAACGAAGGUCAUAAGAAGAUCAUUAAUAGCUCUGUCCCCCCGUAUAUGUUUAAAUUAGAGACUUUUCUCCUGGCUAAGUUUGGGCGUUGUGGAAAUGUGGGCAUUGCUAAUCGUUAUGUGGGUCGUUUUCCUCUUUCUUCUUUCUUUUCUUUUUUUUUGAAUUUGUGAAUGUGUCAAAGGCCUGUGUAAAUAUAUAUUGUGAAUAUCUUCUGAGGACGAACUCAACAGUGUCUCUCUUGACAGCUGACUGUAAAUGACAUUUUAAAGUGAUUUUCUUUCUGAGAUAUUGCCUACUGAACACUUUUUUUCCCGUGUUUGUGUGACUACUGUAUGUGAACUUUUUACAGCACAGCAUAAAAUAAAAAAUGAGACUGAUUAUUGAAAUAUGUCUAUUUAAAGUAUGUUGAUGUCUGUCGUUUAUGAUUAGAGAAGCUGAACUCUUUGACUAACAAGACGUGGUAUUUAAAAGCUCUUUACAUUACAGUAUUGUUGCUUAUCUAGAUAACAGCAGAUCUUUUUUUUUUGUAAAGACAAGCUUUUCUGGACUUUGUUUCCGUCUAUUCGAUCUUAAUCAUUUCUCAUUAUUUCAUCCUUAUUUUGCAGAGACGUGCCAUUAUGAGUUGUUUUGUGGGGCUAGCAUGCCAAAUUUUCUCAAUUUAGGCAAAACGUUCCUUUUUUCUUCUUUUCAAAGUAAGUCGUGCAUCUGCAUUUUCCAAUCAAAUGCCUUUUUGGUUUUAAUGAGAUUAAGGUCUGUGGGGCGUGUGCGUAUGCGCAUGAGCAAACGAGCUGUCAUUAAAUAUCCUGUGUGUGUUUUUGCUGUUUUGACUGACAUCAGUGGUUUAUCCACCUUCACCUUACAGCGGGCUGAUAAUGAUUAAAGACCUGUCUGAAUAAUAAAUAAUAAACCUCUCGUGUGUAUGAUAUGACUUUAAAAAGUAUGCAUUAAUAAAAUCAAGUCUUUGAAUGUA